UCCCUUCAAAUUUCCCUAGAUUUUUUAUUUCCAAAAACAUAUCUUUCAUAGCAAGAAAUUUCCUGAAAAAAUAAGGAAAUUUCCUUGAAAGUGUAAGCCCCGGUACCAUGGACGAUCCCUCCAUGCUAGCAGUGUGUAAUAAUACGGGUAUGUGGUAUUUUUUAGAACUCUUUUAAUGUGAAAACUGAGGGCGCUAAGCUGUCAAUCUAUCUGGUCUAGUUUCUCAUCUCUUUUGCUACAUAUCUAUAAUUUCUGUUUUGGGGAUCCAGACUUGUGAAAAACAACCUCAAGAAGAGCACAAAACACAGCUUUGGCGAGGGUCUCACAUUUCAGUAGCUCCAUCGGUUAUGAUUAUGGUCGUGUCUGUGGACAGAGAAUACAUUGAAAUUCGUAAUUAAGCAGAUUGUGCAUGGACAAGUGGAUACCAAGAUGGAUGACAUGGAUGGGUCAUCCGAAGGGGAUGAGUACUUCCAAGAGAUAGCUCGAGGAGCCGAGGAAAGUCUCAUACCACUGAAAGAAGACUUGGCCGAGUGGCUGACACGGGUAUUAGGAGAGAAAAUCACCACCACGGGGUUUAUGGAUUCCAUAGCCAAUGGCGUACUUCUAUGCAAAUUAGCUCAGCUCAUCCAAGACAAGGCUGUUGAGUGCCAACGAGCUGGCAAAGCUAUAGGAAAAAUGCCUUCUAAAAAGCUCAAGUAUCGGCAGAACGCCGUGGCUGAGUCGUUCUUUGCCCGAGACAACGUGGCCACUUUCCUGGCUUGGUGCCGAGGCAUUGGGCUGGAAGACACGUGCCUCUUUGAGACUGAAGGCUUGGUGCUACAGAAAACGCCCCAGAAUGUGCUGGUAUGCUUGUAUGAACUGGCCAGGCUAGCGGGCCGCUACGGCAUUGACCCCCCAGGGCUGGUCAAACUGGAGAAGGAGAUUGAGAAAGAAGAGCAGAAUCCUCGGCCAGCCUCUGCCGUCACUAAGAAGAAAGCUACCAGCUUAUUGGAUACGGAGGUGAUGAAUGUCGCCAAGCAGUGUGACUUUGGUCUUGACAUCCGAAGGGUGUCAGAGGGAAGGUAUAACAUUGGUGGCAAGAUGGUCUUCAUCAGGAUGUUACGUGGCCGGCAUGUAAUGGUCCGUGUGGGCGGGGGCUGGGACACUUUGGAGCACUUCUUGAAACGGCACGAGGCCUCCAAGAUCACCCGGGUCAGCCGGGGCAGCAUCACCACAGAGGCGGGGGAAGCCGUGCCCGAUGACUUCUUCCUGGUGCAGGCCAAGUACAAGAAAGAUGGCAGAAGCUGAGGUUAGUCAGUGGGUAAGGAGGGGGAGGCGAGGAAAUUCCGGUAAGUCUUGCUGCUAUUAGAUGCUACUCGCCUUGGCUCACAUUUCUUCCGGUAGCGAGCCGCCACAGAUGCCUCAUUCAUCACCAUGCUCAAAAUUUACCUCACUUGACUGGCCGCCGGUUCAGUAGCCAUGUUGUCUAAACAAAAACUAUAUCAGAAUUUUAGAGCUUUCACAUGUUAUACAGUAAGCCUAGUAUGAAAAGUAAAGAGCAAUUUAACUAAAAAUAAAGCCAGGCCUUACAUGUAAGCCAUAGCCACUCGGACAGGCCUUCCAAGACUGUGUAGUCGGAUAAUCUCUGGUAUAUUUGUGGUAUGGGAUUGAAAAUCAAUCGUAAAAUUGCUGUGAAAUUUGUAAGCACAGCACCAAGAGAUAAAGCAAAGGGUAAACCACAGAGAGAAAGGGUUUCUUAUUUUGCAGCAACCAACUGGGAGUAAAACCAAAGCACAUUAUUAACGAGGUUGCUAGAUUUUCAAGCUAGAUUGCCAGAGAGGCAACAGCUCAAGCCAGGAAUAAUUUCCGACCGAAACAAGGUAAACAAAGUUGGUCUUGUGCAGGUAUUUUGCCGAUGCUGUAUAUGUACCCGUACAUGUAUGAAACAAAAGCUCUGAUCAAAUACAAAAAAAUAUACCAUUGAAGCAGCUUGACGCCAUUGGUUUAAAAUGCCUUGACUCCCAGAUGUUGAAUUAUAUUAAUGUACUUCCAUUGAAAGCUCGUAAUAUGCAAAUUGAAGCAAUUUAUAAUCCAUCUACAGCAGCAUGCAUUGAACCGUGAAACGGUACAUUAAAAAUUGGUGUCGUGCAUAUUCUUGGUGGGUGAUUAUUAAUUAAUUCCAAAAUUUACAAAUUAAAAACUCAAGGACUUUUUUUGCAUUUCAACCAAUACCAGAUGCCUGAAGGUACUGCACUACCCUCCUAUUUUCAGGAAAUGGGCAAUUCAAAUGAACAGAAAUUUGAUCUAUUUUGUACUCUUUUCAUUGGGAAUUUUUGGAAAUCACUUUUGAAUAUGUUUUCAAUUCAAAGGCUUGGCCUCUUUGGUAGACCUCAUAUAUUUUCCAAAGUCAUUUUGUGUGUACAAAAAAGACAUAAUCCACCUAUUUUUAAUCAUUUGUAUUAAAUCAGUCAAUGCUGUUUUUCGCCUACUUGUUCUGCUAUUCCAGAAUUUGUUAUAUAAACUUGAUUUACUGUUCUUUUCCAGUUGAGGGAAGUGUUUAAUUCGUUAUUUAUUUAAAUCUCAAAUCUAAAAAAAAUUGACCAUUUACUAUUUAUCACAUUUUAUAUCAAUAUAUAUUGUUUAAGAUUUUUAAAGUUAAACAAAUUCUUCGUUUUAAGGCAUAUGAUCAUUGGUCAUUUCACCUUACAUGUAUGUUGAAAACAUUUUGUCAUUUUAUUCAGGUGUUUAUGUAUUCAUUUGGAGAAAAAAAAAGCAAAUAAUUGGAGGACAUUUAUCUCAGCUCCGUCCAUUUUACAAAUCUUCAUUCAGAAUCCCACCCACCCGUGCUUAACAUUCCAAAACCUUACUCAUUGCUAAGCAGAUUAUGCUCAAAGUUCUAUUGACAAGUUAAAGUUGCACCCUGUUAAGAUUGUCUUCAUUCCUGUAUUGUCCUCACACUAAAUGUGAACUUGAAACUAAAUGUGAACUUGAGAGUUAAGUCAAAAUAUUUACUUGGUAUCUAUCACGUUCACCGUUUUAGGAGUUGUGGGUUUCCCAUUUUGCUCUUCUGUUUUUUGUAUACAGAGCUUUGUACAUGUAGGUGUAUUUGCAACGUGUUCUUGCCACAGAGCCUGCGUCUUUUGAAUAGUCGGCAAUUCCUGAAAACGCCAGUGUGGGUUUUUUUUUUUGAGACAGAAUGUUUGUACAUGUAUGCACCUGUAAGGUGCAUUGUUCAACCAUUAGAUCCGGGAUAUCGUUUGCUAUGUUUUCGUGGGUGUACAUUGUAGAUGAAUUCAGCUUCUGCACUUGCACAGUUUUAUUAAAUAACAGCAUCGCAAAAGUCUGUUUCGCAGAAAAGCAGAAAUGCAGUACCAGGGGGUAGAAUAAUUCUUUAACGCCACAUUCCGAGUUUCUAAGUUUUUUGUGGGUUAUGCUUGUUAAAUUAUGGGUUGUCGUAUUUGAACUCUUGUAUAUUUUAUCUUUGUUGUUCCAUGUGGUGUAAAUGAUUUGAAGUUGAUUUAUAUUUGUGCUAGUGUAUUCAGUGCAUUUUAUUGCUCAAGAUAUGAUUUUUAAAGUGAUCAAGCAAAAUUGUAUGUAUAUUUUAGGUUGUAUUCAGAUGCUUUUAGGUCUAUUUUGAGGGUAUGCUGCAUCGGAAAAUUUGUUGGUAUUCUUGUGUAAUUUUUUCAUGCGAUUUUGAUAUUUUUACCAGCGUGUUAUUCAUAGCUUAAUUUGAUUGACUGCGCCAACUUGUACAUGUACCUUGUUUAUGAGUUGUCUCAUUGUGACCUGCCUCGGAAAAACAGAAUGUUGUGAUGUGUUUGCACUGCGAGAAUGCCAAGAAGAAAAUUGAACUGAGUAAGACUGAACGGCCAACGUUCGGAUACUUUGAACCAAAAGGGAAAGUAGUGAGGAUAGUACCAGCAUGUCAAUUCUAUCCAUUUACACAAACAUUAAGCCAGGUCACAAGAUUCAACUGAUGGCUAAAAACCUUUAUGUUUAAGGGUAUACAGCAUCACUCUCACAGAACGGGGACUUUUUAUAAGUGUUAGAAGUUAAUGGUAUACAUGUGUUGGUUUUGGUUUGCUCGAUAACUGGGAAAUUACCAAACCUUGGCAGUGCUGAUUGAAACAGUAGGGAGGACCAGAAGAGGUAGUCUACCCUUUUAAUUAACACACUGCCUUAUCUCCAUUCCUCACGUUAAACAUACCAAAUGUUUGCGACCUCGUCAUCUACUGUUAACAUUUGAAGGUUGUUGUACAUAUUCACCAGUGAGCACUUGUAAUGCUAACCAACAUCUUAUUUACCAAGGUUAAGACACGGUGAUACCGACCAAUUCUUGUUUCGUUCUUCUUGCCUGUAAUUUACUUUCUGCCCAGUGUGUCUAGGCUUAAGGUCCUCAAUCUGCACAGGAUAUUUUGGUAAACUUUUCUGCUUUGCCAAAUGUUGAUAUAUACAUUUACCAGUACCUUGCGCACAUAUUAAAUUGGGUCAUUCUAUUUUUUGAGGUGCACGUAUUUGCUAUAUAAAUUUGCAAAAAUUUGUGUUCACAACUGUUUUAAAUUAAAAUGACUAGCAAGUCACUGUUGUUUCUGA